AUGGUGCAACUGUACAAUUUGCACCCGUUUGGGUCUCAGCAAGUAGUGCCCUGCCAGCUUGAGCCCGAGCGGUUUUGUGGCGGCGGGCGGGAUGCGCUUUUCGUGGCGGCGGGCUGCAAGGUGGAAGCGUUCUCCGUGCUGGGCCCGGAGCUGUGCCAGCCCAGAUGCACCUUCUCCACGCUGGGCCGGGUGCUGCGCUUGCUGUACAGCGAGCCCGGAGACUAUUUGGUAACAAUUGAAGAGAAGAAUCAAGCUACGUUUCUCCGUGCCUAUGUGAACUGGAGAAGUAAGAAGAAGGAGAACUCGCGCGUAUGCAUCCGGAUGCUGGGCCACCACUUGGAGACGCCCUUCAAUGACAGUUUUAGGGACCAGAUGUCCAUCGUGGAAAUGCCGUUGGCUGAGACUCCACUGUGCAUCUCUUGUUGCCCUGUGAAGGGAGACCUUCUGGUUGGCUGUGCCAAUAAGUUAGUCUUAUUCACACUGAAGUAUCGGAGUGUUAGUGACACACUCUCUCUGGUGGACUUUGAAAGGUCUCUGAUUGUACACAUAGACAGUAUCACCCCUGUGGAAAUUUCUCUAUGCCUGGGAUAUAUUGCUGUUAUGUCAGACUUAGAAGUCCUUAUCCUGAAGCUAGAGUCAGAUUCUAAACACCCAGAGUCUGCCUACCAUCGUCCGCAUAAAACCAGCGACCCAUUGAGACAGGCUGUAGGUCUCAGGGAUGAAAGUCCACAACUUGAAUCAGAUGAUUUUGUUUUCUGCCAAAAGCCAUUGGAACUUCUUGGAGAGAAAAGUGAACAGUCUGGAUUGUCUGUUACCCUGGAAUUGACGGGACUGACUGAAGAGAAAGUAAAAGACUUCCAUGUUCAGCAUCUGCUUUAUAGGCGUUUUACUCCUGAUAUUUCAUCCUUUGAGCUGCUCGGUGAUGUCAGGCUGCAUUCCCUUCAACUGCUCCCCAUUCUGCACACAGGUUCUCUUGCUUCUGAUGAGAAACAUUCAUCUCAGGAAAAGGACUUGCUCAGCCUUUUCUGUUUCUUCUCCUUGCCUCAUGUGGGUUACCUUUACAUGGUCGUCAAGUCUGUGGAGUUGAUGUCAGUCUAUCAGUACCCCGAGAGAUCGCAGCAGGCUGCACUCACACCACAUUUUCUGCAUGUCAUCACCAGCAACAACCUGCAAUGCUUCACUGUUCGGUGUAGCGCAGCGGUGGCUCGUGAGGAGGACCCAUAUGGGGAUAGCACCAUGCAGGCUUGCCCGCCGGUCAGUAUGGAUGUCUGUGCCUUGAGAAUCCAACUCUUCAUUGGUUUGAAAGCCCUCUGUCACUUCCAGAAUCACCUCAUUCUUUUAACCAAGGCGGUCCCUGAAGGCCCCCCACAAAGAAGACCACAUUUUAGAAAAGGUAGUACCCUUGGAAAACUGAGAAACUCUCCUGCGGCGGAGGUGGGGUGGAAUCUAUAUGUUGUGAAUACUAUCUCACCGGUACAGCUGUACAGAGAAAUGAUUGAGUACAGUAAUACCUAUAAGAUGACCAAAACUCAGAGCUGCAUUCACCUGCUCAGUGAGGCCCAUUUGCUGGUGAGAGCUGCCCUGCUGGAUGCUGCUCAGUUGGAACCUGGAGAAAAGGCAGAGCUAUUGGAAGCAUUCAAGGAAAGCUGUGGACAUCUGGGGGACUGCUACAGCAGGCUCAACACCCAGCAUUGCCACCUUGCCUUGCCAUACUAUAAAAUGUCUGGUUUGUCCAUGGGUGAUGUUCUGGCUCGCAGGGACUGGGCAGUAGACUGUGAAUCGCAGAGCUAUGAGAAGGGAUUACUCUUUUACAUUAAUCACUCACUUUAUGAAAACUUGGAUGAAGAAUUAAGUGAUCAAUUAGCAGUGAAAGUGGUGGAGAUGUUUUUUAUGGCUGAGCCGAAGCAAUUGCCCCACAUUCUCUGUACACCGUCCAUGAAGAACAUUAACCCUUCAACUGCCCUGAACUACCUCAGCAAGCUGGAUUCUUCUCAGUGUUCACCUAUCUUGGUGACAUUGACCAAGGCUGCAAUGGCUUUGAAGAUGGGAGAUUUGGACAUGUACAGAAACGAAAUGACAAGCCACUCAGAGAUGAACUUGGUGUAUGGCUUCAUCUUGGAACCCCGGCUGUUGAUUCAGCAGAGGAAGGGACAGAUGGUCCCCACUGAAUUUUCAGUUCACCUGAAAGACACCAGACCUGGAUUGCUUGUGGCUUCUAUUCUGGGCUUACUGAGGAACAGCCAUAUUGGAGUCGAAGAAGCAGAUUCCUUCUUUAAGGUGCUUUGUGGUAAGGAGGAAGGUGCAACUCCUCAGCUCCUAGUAGACUUUUGGGAAGCUCAGCUAGUCGCUUGCAUCCCGGACAUGGUCCUUGAAGAACUAUUUCUCAAACUCACGACCCAGUACAUCUGGAGACUGUCCAACAAGCAGGCCCCAGACACCACGCCACUGCGCACAGCCGAGGACCUGAUCAGCGCCUGUGGUCAUUAUGGCUUGGUCAGCCCAUGGGUUAAUGUCUUAAUAUCCUGUGAUCCCUUACCUGAUAAAAAUUAUGCUGAAGACCUUGCAAAAUUACAGUCUCUCAUAUGUGGUCCUUCAUUUGACAUAGCUUCCAUCAUGCCGUUCUUGGAGCCGUUGUCGGAAGCCACAGCUGCUGGCCUCAGCAUCCAUGUCCUGUGCCGCACGCGCCUGAAGGGGCAUGAGCAGUGCAUAGACACACUGUUAGAGCGCUGCCCCGAGGCCAUCAUCCCUUAUGCCAACCAUGAGCUGAAGGAAGAGAACCGGACUUUGUGGUGGAGAAAAUUAUUGCCUGAGCUUUGCCAGAGAAUCAGACGUGGAGGAGAGAACUGUCAACUCUACCUGGCAUCACUGAAAGAAACAUUGUCAGUGGUUGCUGUGGAACUAGAGCUGAGAGAUUUCCUGAAUGUUCUCCCUGAAGAUGGCACUGCUGCCUUUUUCCUGCCAUAUCUCCUCUACUGCAGCCGGAAGAAAUCACUGAUGUGAGGGGUCGUUGGCAAAGCACCAUCCUGGCAUUCAGUGUGGAGACCAAACUUGGAAAAAUGCCAAGCCAUCUACAAUAUAAAGUGUUUCAGGUUGAAUAUGCCCAUCUAUUACCAGGGCUUUCCAGCUGCUUCCUUACCAAGUAGCAGUAUUAUUUUUUCUUAAUUUAUGAAUGGAAUUCAUGCAAUUGUCCAGAAUAUUCAAAAGCUACAAGGCAUAAGAAUUCCUCCUGAAGUCAUUAUUUUUUAAAAGAAGAGAUGAACUUUUUUUUAAAUUUUGGGCCACACCCAGUGACUCUCAGAGGUCCUCCUGGCUAUGCACUCAGAAAUCACUCCUGGCUUGGGGGGCCAUAUGGGAUGCCACGGGAUUGAACCGCGGUUCACCCUGGGUCAGCAAUGUGCAAGGCAAAUGCCCUGCUGCUGCGCCAUCGCUCCAGCCCUGAGAAAUGAACUUUUA